CGCGCCUCUCGCCCGGGACGGGCGGCCAGGACGCUGUCAUGCAGGACCCUACCCCGGAACGCGCCGAGGAGAGCCGGGCGGCGGACCCGGCGGAGAGCGGCGGGGCCUUCUGCCUGCAGAGGGUGUUUGAGGAGGUGCAGGGCUCCUCGCAGCUGAGCGCGGCGCCGGCGGAGCCGCCGGCCGUGACGGUGGUGGCGGUGGAGCGGUACCUGGCGCAGGCGCCGCCCGCCGCCCCCCCACAGUACUGGUACGACGUGACGCUCGCGGACGGCGCGCACCGGCACCGCUGCCACCUCGCGCCGCGCCUCAACGGGCUCGUGCAGCGCGCGCGGCUGCGGGCGGGCACGCGCCUCCGCCUCACGCGCUGCUCGUACCGCUACGACGAGAAGCGCCUGAACCGCGGCUUCUUCUGCCUGGAGGGGCUGGAGCGGGCGGCCGGCACCGCCACCGCCGCCUCGGGCACCCCGCCCGACGGGCACCGCCCGCUCCAGCCCCUCCGCGGGGACAAUAGGCACUACCUGCCGCUCUGGAACAACGAGGAUCCCUAUGGAGACGUGUGGGUGCCGGACAGGCCCCCGGUGCGGGUGGAUGUGGACGUCUCCAAACUGACUAAUCUUGGUCAUCUGGAAAUGACGUGGAGAAGCAGAGUGCAUUUCCAUCCACUUCUUGUGAGAAUCCUGCACAAGUCUAGACUAAACUACUAUGGAAAACCAGACAAAAAAAUGGAUAUGCCUUAUCAGGCUUAUUUUGAAGUUGCUGAUGGCUCAGGCAUGAUGUCAAUGGUUUUGUGGAAUUCUCUGUGCCCUGAAUGGUAUCACAGUAUGAAGGUUGGCACAGUGCUCCUCCUUGCCAAGUACGCCAUCAAAACCAGUUACCCGUUCAAAACACAGCCCACCCCAGGGGAUUCACAGAUGAAGAGAUUUGCUACAAUUGAAAUUAACCUUAAUGUUCGAGAUCCUCCUUCUGAAAUAAGUAUUAUUCCAGAAGAAAUGGUUAAGCCUGAGUGGGGAUUACCUGAAGUUAAAUAUAGGUUUAUCACAAGGUCAGAACUGGAUGACUUACCGCACAAUUAUUCCUGUGAUGUUAUUGGUCUUGUGACAUUUGUAGGAAGGACUGAGCGAGCCAGAAAAAGAGAACACAAUGAAGACUUCUGGCUCUAUCGUUGGGCACAUGCCAUUGAUGGGACCUCAGACCAGCCCUUCAUACUGGAAUUGUUCGCAACUUCUCAGCCAGAUGUGUUUGAGCGCAUUCAUCCAAUGACAUACUUGGUGUGUACACAGAUGAGAGUGAUGCAGGGCCUCCCUGAGAAUCCUUCCAGGACAGUUUACCUUACGACUUCAAAUGAAAGUCAAAUAUUCAUCACAGGGUGGCACAAGGGCCAGCCAUACACCAAGGAUGCCAAAGUGAAAAACUUCAUUCAGUGGAUGAAAUCACAAAGUGAAGCUGAUCAGAUAAAGAAAACUGUCAUCGGUGGCUAUUACCCUUUUCCACGACCUCCUGAUAGCUUUUUGAAAUAUUGUAAAAAUAAUGAAGUUGAAUCAGUUUUGAAAUCCAUAGAUGAAAUAGGGAAAGAGAUUGAAGACCUGCACUACAGAGAGCACAAAAGAAUUGCUGUUCAGGGAAUAAUUAGUGCCAUAAGAUGUGUCAGCUUUAGUGAUGCAGCUGAAGAAGCCCCAGAAGAGGAACUUGUCCAGAAAGAUACUUCUCAGUCUCUUGGAAGUUCUUCUGUGUCCAAAGAAGACUGUGUUGACAAGGGAAAAACUGAAGAAGUGAAGUCAUUUCUGGGGCCAGCCUGCACUCCUGAGGAACAUCAGCACCAAGCUCUGCUGUCAAAGGGGAGUCCAGUCAAGAGACAGACAAGACGCAGAUUCAGAAGAGACGCAGAACAGGGAGGUACAUCUGUUAGUCCUGUAUCAUCUUACCCCUAUUUUACGCGGACUGUAAGAAGAAAACUUGGCUUAGAUGAAUACCAACAUGGACCUGAGCAAGAUAAAAAGGGACAGGCUGUGUCAGACAGUUUGCAGCACUGCACAGAUCAAGAAGGAGAGAGCAGUAUACUUGAAACAGAAGAGACUGGAAGGACUGGUGAUUCCUGGCAGAGUGACCUGUGGGCACAAGUGAAAGACAAGUUAAUAAAUUAUUUUCAUCACAGCAAAAUUUUCCCAGAAAGUAUCCCAUGUAAAUUUGAUUAUAUGCACAAAGACUUACUUAUGCAGCAGUACAACCUUCAUGCAGCAGUGCACCAGCCAAUAGAAGCCAGGACAGAUAAAGACAUCAGUGAGCUUAAAAGUGCUAAUGGCCUUGGGUAUUACGAAGUGACAGUUCUGGGUAUAAACCAUGAUAUAGCAAUAGAUGUUGCUUUUCUUCCACUAUUUUGCCCUGAUAACCCCCACUUAUUUCAACUAGAAGACAUUCAGAAUGACACAUUAUUGUCUUGUAUGAGUAGUAUCUCUGCAUGCCAGCAGAAGGCCACCAGCAGUGGGAGGCUUCGUGACACGUUUCCUCUUUCAGAUGAAAUUGUAAAAGCAGCGAAGGAGCUCGAUGGCAAACAUGUUAUCUGCAUCUUGGACAUCUGUCAUUUGGGUGAUGAUAAGGUGGAAGUCUUUCUGAGCAAAAUCUACAAGACAGUGGAACCAGGUGUGCUGGACCCAGUGUAAUUUAAUAACUUAUUUUUCAAAUGUGUAUUGGUCAAAAGUAGGGAAAUAAAAUUGCUGUAACUUGAAUUCCCCCUCUACACACUGCACUUUUCCAGAACUAGCAGACACAAAUAUAAAAUCAGGAUUCUUAGGGCAGUUGUAAUAGUCAUCCAUGUAACUGGGAAGAACAAUUGUUGCCUUUAUUUUUCAGUCUUGAAACAGGUUAGACAUGGUGAUGUUCAAGAAGGAUGAAUAGGUAGUACAGUGAGCUGAUUAUUUGGCAGGAUACCAAGAAGUAAAAGUGGCUGUCAGCUGUCUGUGCACAGACAUACACAGGAAAUGUAUGUAUCUGGGAGAGAACUGAGAAGAGAGGCAAGUUUCCUAAUAUUUAAGGCAGUGUUUGCAAAAGAAUUAAUGGACUGUGAUAAAAAAUUAGGCUGGAAAUUAGAAUAAUUUUGAGGAUUAGAAUUUUGAUGUUCUGUAGUGAUCUUUUUUGUGAAAGCUACUGAAGGCAGCCUCACUGCUCUUCAGGCUUGAAGCUUUCUGUGAAAGGGAUUCAAUACCAUGGUGCCUUUAGUACUAUGAUCCAGGAACCCACUUUCAGUUCCUUUCACCUGAGCAAGGUCAGGUGCUAUUUUUUUACGUCUGCUUUUGUACCUAGAGUGUAAGGUAGUGAGUAUAGCACUCAAACAUUUUUAACAUAUUUUAUUCAUUAAUAAGAGUAAUGAAAUAUUUUUUAAAAUAAAUUUUUUAUUGGAACUUGCUUCUAGCUUUGGAAGAGAAAAACUGUCUUCAAGAAGUGCUGAUUAUGUCAGGAUAUACAGUUUGCCACAUCAUUUUUAGGUGUUUUCUGAGUACAUGAAGGAGUUCAGCAACCAUGAAAAGCUGCUACUUCACAAGAGCAAAAGACUGGAAAAUUCUGCCAGCUUUUUGCUUAUAUGAAGGAGCAACUGGCUCCUGCUGGUCCAGAAUCAAGUAGCACAUUUUUCUCCCAUGUUAAACAGCCUCAAAUCACUUAAAGAACUGGAUUCUUACAAAAUUAUUUUCAAGCAGGAGCUCAUUGCAAUUUGCUUGCCUGUCCAUUUGAAAUGCCGUUCUCAAUUCAAUUCUUUGGGAAGAAAGAAUUAUGGAGACUUGCCAUGUAAAUUGUACCAUUAUUGACUAAAGCCCACAGAGUUAAUUCAUAGGAACAGAUAUAGUCUUAGGCACAUUUAACAGCUUGUUGGUCAUUGGAGAUUACCUCUUUCCACUAGCAGCUCACUUGUCUGCCCUGGGGGCAGUGGACUUUGUCCUCAGAUAUUUAAAGUCUGUGCCCUUUCUUCAGCUAAUGGUAAUUUGACAGAGAAAUGUGAUUGAUUUUGUUACAUAGAAGUUCACAGGCAACUUCAGAUAAAAAGUAAUGAAAUUAAUAAAAUUAUUGUGUCUUUCUAGUGUAGUUUACAAAUUAAAAAUAUAUUAAGAAGUAGAGUUUUACUUAAAUUGCACUGGGACUGAAAGUCAAUUAAAUGUGACUGUAUUGUAUGUGUCUAUUUGAUAUGAAUCAGAAGUAUUAUCCAGUAAUUCUGGAGCAAUGUUUGUCAACUCAUGCCUUUCAGAGUACCCACAGAAGGCAAAAUGCAAAGACACCAACCCAAGAAGAGUAGGGUGUUGCUUGCAGUGUUAUUGGUUUUGCUGCUUGUGGGUAUGUGAAGGUGAGAGGCCAUUGCUCUGGAGUGAGUCACUCAGCACUUCAUGCUCCAAACUGAGCCAUGCUGACUGUGUCAGCCAAUGUUUUUUAUUUACAUGUGCUUCAGAUAGAAGUCUAAUUUUAAUGAAACUGCUCUUUCUUAAGGCUAUUUUUAAAGGAAUUCUCUUUGUACAAAAGGACUGAUGUGGAUGGCAUUGUCACAGAACCGCACUGGUGAGAUGGUCCAGUCACCUCCCUCCAUCCCAUGCCAUAAAGGUGCAGCCAAAGGCUGUGGCAUUAAACUACUUAGUACACUUUAAACAUAAAGCAUUAAUCAUUUCAUCCUGUAUUUUGUGACUUCCCAACUCUAAAAGAAAUAUCAGAUUUAUGUGGAAUAUAGAGAUAUUAUAUAUCUUUAAAAUGUUAAAGGAUAUCAUUUUUUUUUACUGAAGUGUUUAAAAUUUUUUCAUGGCAGAAGCUGGGAAGGAGAGAUAUGUACUUUUGCAGAAUGGGGUGCCAGUGUUGGAAGCACAGCUGUGUGCAGCUGGUGAAUAUCCAAUGCCUGUAGUAGACUUGGAGUUUUACUUCUUUGGAUCAAUCUGUUGAGUCACCAUCCUGCUAAAUAACACUGAACCUCAUAUGUGGAGUUCAGUGGCUGAAGUGCUGCAGUGUUAAUGUGAUUGUACCACUCUGCCUGUUUUCCUCCUCCCUACCAAUCCAGCACUGUCAGACUGGAGCAAAAGUCCUCUGCAAAACCACUUACCAUUUUACUUCAUUUGGUGUUUAUUAACACAAAUGUAAAAAACACGUUAGUUUUGCUCUGUUAAUCUGAGAGUCAUUACUUCUGCAAAAUGUCAUUGGGAGCACAUUUUUGCUGCUGUGUAUUGCUACUGCUGAAGGUAAAAUACACAUUUCUUUACUGUAGAAGGUGUACCUGACCAAAGAAGUAUGCCCAAAAACCUUACAUGUGCAUGUUUCUUGUGUUUUCAGCAUUAAUUUCAGAGAAGGAAGAUAGAGCAUAUAUAGUUAGUGGUACUUUUGAGUGUAUAGAAGUUGCUAUGUCAUAGAUUGUAAAGAUAAUAUUCAUUUUGAAUUCAUGUGAUGUAGAAGUUGUGCAACGCUGAAAAGAGAAUAUAAAUAAAUGAAUUAAUAUAUGUAAACAUC